GCACCAAGUUGAAGAUAAAUCCCGAUUCUCAUCUCGCUCUUCGCUCGCGAUCACCAACGAUUAGGUUCGAUACUGUCAAUCCAGCGACGCUGCUGGUUCAAAUCGACGCGAGCAGAAUCCAGAGCCUAGAUCUCGUUUGUAUCCUGUGGAAUGGUGGCGUUUCCUGUCGCAGAUCUGUAACAAAUUGGGUGGUUUAGGUUUGGAAAUCAGGAAAUGGACAACUUCAGCGCGCAGGAUCUUUCCACCAUCGGAGGUAUCGCCACGGUCUCACUGUUGCAUUCCUUCAUUCCUACCCACUGGCUUCCCUUCUCCGUGGUCGGCCGCGCCCAGAAAUGGUCCCUCCCGCGCACUCUCCUCGUCACUGUAUUUGGAGCUGUUCUGCAUGUGAUUUCCACGUCACUGCUGGGGAUUACUGCCAUCACCAUGGCUAACACCAUUGCUGGCGAAGAGACUGUUCACAAGCUUGCUUCAUUGCUGCUGAUAGUUCUCGGAGGAAGCUAUAUUCUUCUUUUUUUGUUGGGCAAGGGAGGUCAUACUCACUCUCACAACCAUCCCAUGGAGAAGAUGGCUGUGGCUGGGCUUAUUCUUGUACCUGCAUUAUCUCCUUGUGCCACAACUCUUCCAGUUUUCCUCGCCGUCGGCAACUCAUCAUCUAUGAUGGUUCUAGCUAUCAUUGUGCUCCUGUUUAGCACCAUUACUGUCAUGACAUCACUGGUGGCCCUCUCAUUUUUUGGCGCCAGCCAGCUCAAGUUUCACUGGGUGGAGCGAAAUGACAAGCUCCUAGUCGGCUCUGUGCUCGUUCUGGUCGGAAUACUUACCCUCAUCUUCCACGAUCAUGACCACAAUACACAUUCAGAAGGUGACCACAUUCAUAACAGGAAGCUCAUCGUGCUGUGACCCUUUGCCCUGUGAAAUUUCGUGACAUUAGGCUAUUUUGCCACUUUGACGUCGAUAAGGAGCAUUGUUCUUUUACUAGAAAAUUUUACAUCAUUCUUUGACUAUUACCUUUCUUCAACCUCAGAAUGAUGUAUAUUUAGGUGCCUAAAGGACAGGCCAUUGUGAUGAGUUGUUACUAAGAGUUGUAACAUGAUGUAUAUCUUGUCUGUAA